AUGUACGGCGUCAAAAGGGAAGACGCCUCAGUGAUGGUGGAGCUCUACAUGCCGGAUGGGAACAACCUCCACGUCACCAGGACGUGCUCGAGAAAGAACAACUCGUCCAACUGGCACAUAAAUGGCAGGUCCUAUUCGGGCAAGGAAGUGGAGAGCAAGAUAAGGGCCCUUGGCAUUCAGGUCGACAACCUCUGUACCAUGCUGCCGCAGGACAAGAUCGGCGACUUCUCGGGCUUUACGCCAGAUAGCUGCUGCUGGAAACGGAGAAGGCCUUGUCCAUCACCGAGCUGUACGACCCGCACAUGAAGCUCAUCGACCUGCAAGACUCGAAAAGGCAAGACUCAGAACGAGGAGGAGACGAGGACCAAGCUGGAUGACAUGGAAUCGGAGUUGUCCACCCUCGAGAAGGACGUGCAACGCUACCAAGAGCGCCAAGAGAAGCAGGAGAGGGCUUGAGCUGCACAAAAAGCGGAAGAUUUUUUGGAGAACGUGGCGAACCUGAGAAGGCAAGGGCACGCGACUCAGUUGCCCGAGGAAGAGGCCGCCAAGGAGCUCGAGAUGGCUGAGGAGGCCGACAAACCUGUGGAGUAUGAUGAAGAGGUGCGUGCAUGAUGGAGCCAAUGCCCUCGGUUGCUCUUUUCGCACAAAGAAGGCGGUGCUGAACGCACGGGUACACUCGGGGGGCGAGUGGUCCGUGCCUACCGUCCUCUUCCUCAUGGCCCUGCAGGGUCUGGUGGCCAUGGACAACGACGACAUGAAGAUCGCCGUCCUCAUG